GACACGGACAAGAGGCCGGCUAUAUCGAGAAUAUACAUACUCAAGUCGAUCGAUGCAAGCAGAAGCAUCAUGCGCCGUCUGCGGCGCUCCGGCAUCGAAACAGUGUAAGCACGAGGACGAAAGGCUGAAAAGAGCGCUGGAUGAUGCACAUCACCGCUGGAUGGCAAGCGCCGAAAUGCGACAGAUAAGACACUGGGCGCUAGGUCAUGCUCGCGAAUGGAUAAUGUUUACCUAUAAUCAAAUGGUGGACAUGAGGAAACAACAGUACCAAGCACAUCUAGCCACCGUCCCAUACUACGAACUCUACAAGAUCUACUCUGGACGGCCGCCCAUCUCACAGCCACAAAUGCACGAAUUGCGUAUGCAAAUGUCAGCAGCGCAAGGCGCGUACCAACGAGGAAUAGAUGAGGAUUGGAAGAACAGUCUACAGCGAUAUCCGGAAGUGCUUGACUACUAUUUCAAUCUAGUCGAAUUCAAGCUGCCCGGCGAGAAGAGCAUUGCAGUACAAGAGCCUGUGUUUGGCGGACGUGUUGCUCCUGACUUGAAGAAGACCGAGUCGACAGGAGGAAAGAGGAUGAUGAUGCAGCCGUCGCUGCCAAUGCCUGGUGGGCCUUUCAUGAUGCCGCCUGGGGGACCGCCGCGUAUGGGCGGACCAGGACGUGGUCGCAUGCCGCCGCCAUUUGCUAUGGGAAUGCGACCCGGCGGCUUUUAGUGGCCUGAUGUUAUGAUGUUACGAUGGACUGAGAUAUGCAUGGAUGGGUCGAAGGAGAAGAUUGGUCGGUCAUGACCUUCCCUACACAGGGU